GUGCGGCCGAGGCGGUCGUCCGCCUCACUGAGCAGCCGGGGUUCUGCAGGGGGUCACGCCAGACGUGAAAGUGUCUUAUCCUUAUGGGUCAUUUGGGGGUUUUAGCUCAUACCUUUUGGGGAACACGGUCCACCUCCAUGGGCAUCUCCAGCGAAGCAGGCCGGAGCCAGAGGCAGGAGUUUGUGAAGCAGAAGAGCUGCUGCAGGUCCCCGCCGGCUCCAUAAGUACCUAUGGAUUAUGGCAGGAAAAGUGAAGUGGGUCACCGACAUUGAGAAGUCGGUGCUGAUAAAUAACUUUGAGAAGAGAGGAUGGGUCCAGGUGACAGAAAACGAGGAUUGGAACUUCUACUGGAUGAGCGUGCAGACCAUCCGGAAUGUUUUCAGCGUGGAGACGGGCUACCGCCUCUCAGAUGAUCAGAUCGUCAACCACUUCCCGAAUCACUACGAGCUGACCCGGAAGGACCUGAUGGUGAAGAAUAUUAAGAGAUACAGGAAGGAGCUGGAGAAGGAAGGGAGUCCCCUGGCGGAGAAGGAUGAAAACGGGAAAUACCUCUACCUGGACUUUGUCCCGGUCACCUACAUGCUGCCGGCCGACUACAACCUGUUCGUGGAGGAGUUCAGGAAGAGCCCCUCCAGCACCUGGAUCAUGAAGCCCUGCGGCAAAGCCCAGGGCAAGGGCAUCUUUCUCAUCAACAAGCUCUCGCAGAUCAAAAAGUGGUCCCGGGACAGCAAGACGUCUUCGUUCGUGUCUCAGUCCACGAAGGAGGCCUAUGUGAUCUCCCUCUACAUCAACAACCCGCUGCUCAUCGGCGGGAGGAAGUUUGACCUGCGCCUGUACGUGCUGGUGUCCACUUACCGCCCGCUGCGCUGCUACAUGUACAAGCUCGGGUUCUGCCGCUUCUGCACGGUCAAGUACACCCCCAGCACCAGCGAGCUGGACAACAUGUUCGUCCACCUCACCAACGUGGCCAUUCAGAAACACGGGGAGGACUACAACCACAUCCACGGGGGCAAGUGGACGGUCAGCAACCUGCGGCUCUACCUGGAGAGCACCCGCGGCAAGGAGGUGACCAGCAAGCUGUUCGACGAGAUCCACUGGAUCAUCGUGCAGUCGCUGAAGGCCGUGGCGCCCGUGAUGAACAACGACAAGCACUGCUUCGAGUGCUACGGCUACGACAUCAUCGUGGACGACAAGCUGAAGCCCUGGCUGAUCGAGGUGAACGCGUCCCCGUCCCUCACCUCCAGCACCGCCAACGACCGCAUCCUCAAGUACAACCUCAUCAACGACACCCUCAACAUCGCCGUCCCCAACGGCGAGGUCCCGGACUGCAGGUGGAACAAGGCGCCCCCGAGGGAAGUCCUCGGCAACUACGAGAUCCUGUACGACGAGGAGCUGGCGCAGGGCGACGGGGCCGACCGGGAGCUGAGGGGCCGUCCGGGCCAGCCGCCGGGGUCCAGAGGGUUCCGAUCGAGGGAGUCGGGGAGAGCCAUCCUCACCACCUGGAAGUGACGGCUGGGAGCGCGGACGCCAGCCGGGACCCUGCGCGCUGCCCGCUGCCCGGCCUGCUGAAGGCCUAUUUUGGAACCUCCUUUUUCUAGAGUUUUUUUUUCUUCUGUCCUGAGCCCUGUACAUAAAUAAAGGCUUUUCUUUGGGAGGUCACGGGGUCUGUC